UACUGCGCCCCCAGCCUUGUGUGUGUGAACAUCAACAAACACCCCAGAUUGACACAUUUCUCUCUCCUGCAGGCCUCCACGAUGACCAAGCGUUCGGGAUGGUACUACGAGAAGCGACAGCUGCGCCACACUCCAAGCAUUGUGAAGGGCAUGAGUGUGGAGCAGGAGGUGCAGUACCGGCGGGAGGGCGCUCGCUUCAUCCUGCAGGUGGGGAACAAGAUGGGCCUGCGCUAUGAAACGAUGGCCACGGGCGUUGUCUAUUUCCAUCGUUUCUACAUGGUUCACGCCUUCCAGUCCUUCCCCAGACAUGUGACGGCUUGCUGCUGCCUCUUCCUGGCGGGCAAAGUGGAGGAGACGCCCAAGAAGUGCAAGGACAUCAUGAAGACCGCCAAGAGUCUCAUGGAUGAAGUCACUUGGGCAGAGUUUGGUGCUGAUCCCAGGGAGGAGGUAAUGACACUGGAAAGGAUUCUGCUGCAGACCAUUAAGUUUGAUUUCAUUGUGGAGCACCCUUACACGUACCUGCUCAAGUAUGCCAAGUGCCUCAAAGCACUGAACUGGUCCUUGUUCUCAGGUGACAAGAAGAAAUUGCCUAACAUGGUACAGAUGGCCUGGACCUUCGUUAAUGACAGUCUUUGCACCACGCUGUGUCUGCAGUGGGAGCCAGAGAUCAUUGCCAUUGCACUCAUGUACCUCGCUGGCAAGCUGAGCAAAUUUGAGGUGACGGACUGGACAGGGAGGCAGCCCAAACACCAGCGCUGGUGGGACAUGUACGUUGAAGGCAUCUCUAUGGAACUCCUCGAGGAUAUUUGCCAUCAGGUGCUUGACUUGUAUUCACCAAACCGCUCUGAGUCCGGCGGCAGCUCCUCCGAGGCCUCUGCCAUCACAAAGGCUGCCAUGCCAAGACGACCCACCACACCCCCUCAGACCCCCACUGGCCCUCCACCAGCCAAGAAGAUGAAGAAGGAAGAAGUGAAGUCAUCACCGGUGAAGACAGAAACUCCUGCACCUACACAGUCUUACCAGUACCCUUACCAGUACUCCAACUACCCUGCCUCCUACACAGCACCCAGCACCUCACAGACUCCAUCCCCUGCAGCACCUCAACGCUACCCCUACCAGUACCCUGCCUCCACCACACAGGGCCCCCCACCACCACAGGCCCCUCCUCCACAGGCACCCCCACCCAGCUACCAGCCCCCACAGAGACAUUACACCCCACCUGCACCUGUCUCCUCCCAAACUGCACCUCCUCCACCUCCACACUACACCACCCAACCACCUCCCACACACUACUCCUCCACUCCCCACCCACCAUCCUCAUACCACCCGCCUUCCACUGCCACACACUACCCCACUCCGCCCGCCACUCAAACCAUACCCCCCCAGAGCCACUACCCACCACCACAUGGCUCCUCCUCCUCCUCCUCCUCAUACUAUCCAGCCCCCAAUGCUCCCUCCUCCACCAACCAGCCCUCCUACCAAGUGCCUCCCUCCUCUUCCUACCCUCCUCCUCCCAACUCCUAUUCCCACUCCAGCUCCAGGCCAUAUUGAUUACUGGCUGCUUUAUGGCAAAAUUUACUACUAUUGUUGAUGUACAAUAAGGCAAAUAGUUCUAGUUACUUUUUUUUGUAUAUGAUAUUUUUAACUUUGUACAUUAUGACAGCAGAGAUGCCUUGGGUUACCAGCACCCACCCAUCACCCUGUCUCCUCAAGUGUUUGGCGUGUGAUGCCGCUGCUCAUGGCAAUUUUUUUAGCAACUUGUUGCAUUGCAGUACACAUACACACACACAAAUAUUGCCUGGGGCUCAAAUUUUUCAAAGGGAAGCAGUGUGUUUGAAGUUCUGUCUCUGAUGUUUGUAUGACCAGUGUUGUAUGUUCAAACUUUGUAAACAGAAUUAUCACAAGCAAUUAUCAGCUUUGUCUUCCUAACCUCAGAGGUUUCAGUUAUUGCAUUAUGAACAGUUGCUGUGCUGUAAAAUGUACUAAUGAUGGAUAUAUCUAACAAAAAUUAUACAUUCUAUAUAUA